GCCGCCGCCCCCGCCCCCCUUCCCUCUCCCCUUCCCUUCCCCCCCUCCGUCCCUCCCCCCGAGAAUGUUCCGCUACGAGUCCUUGGAAGACUGCCCUCUGGAUGAAGACGAAGAUGCCUUUCAAGGUCUGGGUGAGGAGGAUGAAGAUAUUGAUCAGUUCAACGAUGAUACAUUUGGGGCGGGGGCAGUCGACGAUGACUGGCAGGAGGCCCACGAGAGACUGGCCGAGUUGGAAGAGAAGCCGCCAGAGGCAGCGCGAGAAGAAACAGGGAACGGCAACAACGAUGAGAUGGACCUGCUGGGGGACCACGAAGAGAACCUGGCAGAGAGGCUCAGCAAGCUGGUGAUUGAGAACGAGCUGGAGGACCCAGCAAUAAUGCAGGCCGUGCAGACACGGCCCCCAGUGCCGCAGCCAGGAGGUCUCAAUUCCAGCAUCUGGGAUGGAUCUGCAGUCCUGAGACGCAUCCGAGGGCCACUGCUUACUCAGGAGAUGCCUGCCGUGUCCGUGUUAGAAUACGCCUUGCCCCCGAGGCCCCCGCAGGGCCCAGAAGAGGAGAGGGACCUUUCUGAGCGAGCGCUGCCGAGGCGCUCCACCUCCCCCGUCAUCGGGAGCCCCCCCGUCAGAGCCGUCCCCAUCGGCACCCCGCCCAAGCAAGGGACGGCGCCCGGCUUCAACCAACAGAUUCUCUGUCCGAAGCCCGUUCAUGUCCGAGCCCCAAUGCAGCAGAGAUAUCCUGCUCCCUAUGGCGAGAGGAUGUCCCCAAACCAGCUCUGCAGCGUCCCGAGUUCUUCCCUCCUGGGCCACCCAUUCCCUUCCACCGUGGCACCCGUUCUCAGCCACCUUCAGAGAGCCCAACUUCUAGGUGGAGCACAGGCUGGACGGAUGUCUCCCAGCCAGUUUGCUCGGGUCUCUGGACUUGUCGGGAGCCCCCUCGCCUCCAUGAACCCCAAGUUGUUGCAAGGGCGGGUCGGGCAGAUGAUGCCACCCACCGCAGGAUUCCGUGCCUUCUUUGGGGCACCCCCUCCUCCCACACCCCCACCACCGCUUCCGCCUCCUUCCCAGCAGCACCCCGCGUGUCCAGGGGCUCACCUACAGAACCUAAGAUCUCAUCACCAGAUGUUCAGGCCAGACACAACUCACCUCCAUCCCCAGCAUCGACGACUCUUGCACCAGAGACAACAGCAGAACCGGAAUCAGCACCGGAGUGUAAACGGAGCCGCUGGGGAUCGAAGUCACCGCAGCAGCCAUCAAGAACAGCUGCGCAAAGACCCCUAUGCCAAUCUCAUGUUGCAGAGGGAAAAGGACUGGGUGUCCAAGAUCCAGAUGAUGCAACUGCAAAGCACUGAUCCUUAUCUAGAUGACUUCUAUUACCAGAACUAUUUCGAGAAACUGGAGAAGCUCUCGGCAAUGGAGGAGAUGCACGGUGAUGGCCCCAAGAAAGAACGCACCAAACUCAUCACCCCCCAGGUGGCCAAAUUGGACCACGCGUACAAGCCAGUGCAGUUCGAAGGCUCUUUAGGAAAGCUCACCGUCUCCAGCGUGAACAACCCCCGGAAAAUGAUCGACGCCGUGGUGACGUCCCGUAGCGAGGAUGACGAGACUAAAGAAAAACAGGUCCGGGACAAGAGACGUCAGACGCUCUUCACAAUUGAGAAAACAUACAGCCUGCUUCUUGACGUGGAGGAUUAUGAGAGGCGUUACCUCCUGAGCCUCAAAGAAGACCGACCGGCUCUAGUGGGCGAAAGGAAGCAGAAGAUCUGCGACAUGUAUGACAAUUUGAGGGGGAAAUUGCCUGGUCAAGAAAGACCCAGCGAUGACCAUUUUGUGCAGAUAAUGUGUAUCCGGAAAGGGAAGCGGAUGGUGGCCCGUCUCCUCCCUUUCCUGUCCCCAGAGCAGGCGGCUGACAUCCUCAUGGCAACAGCUAGGAACCUGCCUUUUCUGAUCAAGAAGGAUGCCCAAGAUGAGGUGCUGCCUUGUUUAUUGAGACCCUUCUCCUUCUUCCUCUAUCAUCUUCCAUCGGCGACUGUCACCAGCCUUCUGCAACAGUUAAUGAACCUACCUCAAAGUGCAUCUGCACCAGCCCCUGCCAACCCGCACCUCACCGCUGUGCUCCAGAACAAGUUCGGCCUGUCGCUGCUCUAUCUGAUCCUGAGCCGGGGGGAGGAGCUGCAGAGUUCUGAUGCUGCUACGGAGCUGAUGCAGGACAACCAGUGGACAGAGUUGAUGUUCGUGGCCACUCGAGAACUCCUGCGGGUCCCCCAAGCCACGCUGGCCAAGCCGGUCUCCACGCCCGCGAACCUCGCGUCCCUGUUCUCCCGCUACGUCGACCGACAGAAACUGAACCUGCUGGAGACAAAGCUGCAGUUGGUUCAAGGGAUGCGGUGAAGGAUCUCCACGUCCCCGGUGCCUCCUGCCAUCCGCACUGCUGCCAUCACCAAUGGAGUGUUUUCGACGUGGGAGGGGAGACGGCUCCUUCCCCCAAAGCAGAACCCGGAGGGAUCGUUUCCCCCGUAGAUAUCCGGUGUUUGGAGAACGGCCCUCCUCCUCUUCCGCCUCCCCCCCCCCACCCCUCCCCGCCCCACCGCUCUGUGAACUUGGCUGGGUGUGACUUCCAUCGCUUUCUCCCCUUCGCUCUUAAGUUCCAAUUCUGCAUGCCCCUCCCCUCCCCCCGCACCGGCCCUCCCCUGCCCAUUCUCGAUUUUCUUUUCCGCAAAGUCCCCCGUAGAAUCCCCCGACCUCUCCCGUGGGACUGGCGUGAAAGGCCUCCCGCCCCAGGAGGACGUCCCCUCCCCCUUGUCCUGCUGGAGAAUCUUCCGCCCCCCUCGUCUCCUGUCACGGUUUCCCCCGGGAGAGAUGGUUUCCGGGGACGAGAGGGAGUUAGGCGGAAAGACCCACCGUCCACCCGGUGUGGGAGCCCUCCGGAGAGUGAGGCUGCCGACUUGGGGGGUCGGAGAGGGCGGUCGGGGCCGGGGAGAGGGCCGGGGGGAUAGUCCUUGGCCUCUCGCCCUGUCCUCCGUCUAGAAGGCUGUCUGCCGAGAGGUGGAGGAUUCUCUUUGUGCCUCUCUCUGGAGACUUACUAGGUGAGUUUUCUUUCGCCCUGACUCAAAGCAUCCCGCUCUCUCUGGAGAGUUAGCCCCCGUCUCACGUGAGGGGCCUGCCCGACCCCGCCCACCGUCCCGACUUGCCCCGGCCCCUUCCGAUCUUUCCGUCAUCCCCCCCCCGGCCCGGGGAGGCGGCCCGCGGCCGCUCCUUCUCUCUUCCCCUCCCCGGUUGCGGCGGGCGCAGGUCCGUGCCCACCUCCCUCGCCUCCUCGGCCACCCGCCCCGGACGGCCCGCUCGGCCGGGCGGCGGGUCUCUCGCGUGCUCCUCUCGGCACGCUCGCUCUGUCUUCCUGGGAACGCUCAGAGGGCCCCACCCCUCCCUCGCCCCUCGAGUUGCCCUCGCACUGCCCCCUCCCCUCACCCCGUCCCUCCGCGGGAUUCUGACCUUGAUGGAUAGAAGCCCUUUCCAACCGUAAUCAUGAAAUGGAGGCUGGAAAGUCCCCUCUCCUCUCUCUCGGCAGCGAGUGGGCUGCUCUCCUCGCCCCCACCCCCGCCGUCCUCUCUCGCCCGGUCCCAUCCCCCUAGGUAGCCGUGGGGCCUGGGUUUGACCCCCAGCAGGAAGAGCCCCCUCCUCUUUCCUUCUCCCUCACCAAGAUGAUCAGGGGGACUGGGUUUGACACCCAGCAGGUACAACCCUCUGGGACCCUUGAAUCCGAAUGAAUUUUCCAUAGUCAUCGCCUGCCCGACCCUUCCGUCGUACCUCUUGGAAUGUGGCAGGGAGGAGGGGUCGUUUUAUUUAAGAAAAUGAACAUUUUGCACAUUGUAUGUAUUGUAUAACCAGUGAAAUUCUCCGUUAUAACCACCUCCCUCCCACAACCUCCCUCCCUAUCUCUCUCUCUCUCUCUCUCUCUGUCUCUCUCCCCUCUCCAGCCCCAGCCUCUUCACAGUCGCCCCUCCUCCCAAUAAUGCUUAUCCAGCCACUCCCCACCAUCACCUACAGAAUAUUUCUAUCGCCUCUCCCGCCCUCCCUCACAGCCAAUCAAGUGGACAGUGCUCUCAUUUCUUCCUUCCGUGCUUUUACUUUGUUUUGGUUCCGAUUAAUAAAAAUUAAAAUUUCUAAAUUUACAUUUUUAUAGGGUAUUGUAAAUAAAAACAAAUUGUAUACUUGA